UCUUAUGUAUGAAGUGGUUUCACCGAGAGGACGGAUCAUGGAUCAGACCCAGGAUAACAUGUCUGCCACAUGUGUACCCAGCAAGAGAAAAAUGCCAAAAUCAAAACUAAACCCCCAAACAUCAGAUGCCAUGAAAGAUUUGGGUAGAGAGGCUGAAGGUAGUGGACUAAAACCAUCCAAAUUUAAGAACGAGGGGACAAGCUCUCAGAAAAUAAAGAGGACUUACACCAGAAAAAAGUACCAUGAUCUCCAGCCUGUUAUUAUGAGACCCACGGAGGAUUCAGACCAUGGGUCAUCUUGCAGUUCAGUUAUAACAUCUACUCUGGUCAAUGGUUCGGAAAGCCAGUAUAUGCACACUGACCACACCAGCAGAGUGAUGGAAAAAGCCGGUGGAUCCAGUUCGGACAAGUUAAUAGAGACAGAUUUUAAGAUGAAGAAGAAGCACAAGAUGGAGGAAACUGAUCAGCCCUCUUUAAAAAAGUACAUUGAGGAAGUAAAACAAACAGUACCUGUUAUAGUUCCUGUUGCUCAGUUCACUCAGAGAAAUCAGAUAAUGGACAGCACACAGGAGCAGAAAUCAUCUCAGCACGCCAAGAAGGAGUCACCUGUUUAUCCACCAGGAAGUCAGGAGGAAAAAUGGCAGCUUCAGAUAUUGGCAAAGGGUAGAGUAAGCUGUCCAAAAUGCAAAAGUGUUGGAAGAAAGACAGUGGAUGGGUUAAAGAAACACUUGGAAACCUGCAAACUGAAUCCUUUUACAUGUCCACACUGUGGGAAACAAUUGAAAACUUCAACGGGAAUGAAGUACCACCUCAUGGCUGACCAUAACAACUUGCCCAUCCCAGAUACUGGGAAUGACCUAGUUGACCAAGCAGUGAAGGAGAAAUUACGAAAAGUAUUGAAGAGGAUGGGCAAAUUAAAAUGUUCAAAAGAGGGUUGCACUGGAAGUUUCACUAGUAUAAUGGGUUAUGUGUACCACAUGAAGAAAUGCGGCAAAGAGGCAUCAGAGCUGGAGAAGCUCUUAAUGAACUGCAAGCACUGUGGAAAAGCAUAUCGUUCCAGAGCGGGCCUGGAGUACCACCUCAAGAACGAACACAGUCCAAUGACACAAGAAAGUGAAGUAGAAGAGGUGAAGACACAGAAAGAGCCCAUCCCAGAGCGGACACAGAGCGGACGGGCCAAGCGCGUGUCGGCGCAGGUGGCCGUGUUCCACCUGAGGGAGAUCGCCAGUGAGGAGCUGCUGAAGGAAUGGCCCAAAAGGAAAGUGCAGCGAGACCUGGUACCAGACGACAGGAAGCUGAAGUAUUCUCGUCCAGGGUUGCCAGCCUUUAGCCAGGAGACUCUACGGAAGUGGAAGAAUGAAGUCAAACUGCAUAAAAAAGUGCAGUGUCCAAACAAGGGAUGUAAUUGCUUCUAUACCAGCGUAUCUGGCCUGAAGGCUCAUCUUGGGCUAUGUACCUUGGGAGAAUUUGAAACUGGGAAAUAUAAAUGCUUGAUAUGUAAGAAAGAAUUCAACUCUGAAAGUGGAGUCAAGUACCACAUUAAUUCCAUUCAUUCUCAGGAUUGGUUUGUCGUUCGAUCCAAGUCUAAGAGUUCAAAGCUAGAUAAACUUAAUAAAACUCUGCCAAAGGAAGAUUCCGUGAGGUGUCCAGACCUCAGUUUUCCCCAGGUACCCAGCACCUGGCAGGAUAGACAGACGUCAGCGGUGCCCAUGUCAAGUGGAACAGCAACCCCGGGAAGAGUGGAAACAAAGAGGAAGGAGGGGCAAAACAAACAGAAGGAGAAGGAAAGCAGACAGGAGAAAGACUGCUAUGAGUUCAGCGGCAGUGACAGUCCCAGCAGUAGCAGCAGUAGUGAGAGCUCCAGCAGCGAGUCAGAGGCCGAGGACUCAGCAACACACACACAUGACAAAUGGGCCCUCAGCAGGCCCCUUACAAAGCAAGUGGCUAGCCAGCAACCUGGGAGUGAUCCAUAAACCAGUCCUGCUUCUUUUCUGAAUAUGGGGUUACUCCAGUGUUCACCUCCAAAGAUUAAAGUAAUACAUUAUCAUUCACUUGUAUGUAAUGUAUAUUUGUAGAAUUUGCAGAAUUGUGCUUCCCUUUUUUAUUGACCAGAAGGACUGCAUAUAUUAAAAGGCCACAUGCAAACAAUGUAAAAUGUCUUUGAAAGUAAUAUCACAAUUUGACUUUAUUUAUUUCAUUUUAGGAAUAAAAUGUGAGCCAUGUAUAUGGAAUGUAGUAGAGCAUUUACGUUUAUUUUUCUGUAAGCUCAUGCUCAGUACCUGUAGUUUCACAGUGGACCUGUGUCCGACUUUAUUAAAGCAGUUGCAUGUAACAAU